CCACCAUGUCUCAAAGCUCUGACGCCCUUUAUUCGGCAUCAUCGCGAGCUCGCAUCCGCCGACCCAAUCGUGAGCUACUGGUGCCUGUAUCACGCCGCGCAGCAGGGCAUCGCCACGCCGGGGGCGCAAAAGGAUGCGCAGGGGAUGCCCUUUCUCAUCGCCAUGAUGGACAAGCUUGAGGAGAUCAAACCAGCCCUCGCGACCAACGAAGCAUUUACGUCGGACGAAGUAGGCUCAGCCCACGUUGAGAACUUUGCCCUCUCCGUCUUCACCAAGGCAGACAAUGAAGAUCGAGCGGGCAAAGCGAGCAAG